CUGACCUACCCACAAAGAAAAUAGUAUUUGACCGGGUGAUGCUCCUGAGACGGCUGAAGGAGGAAGAGUUAAUUAUCCUAAAGGAAGUCAAGCAGCACUGGGAAAGCCUAAAGAGGGAAUCGGAGCCUUGCUUCACAUGUGGCACUUGACCUAAGCAGGCAAAGUAGGUGAACUUUCAUUAGUAUGUACAAUUGAAUUGUUGUCCCCUGUAGCUCAGUUGGUAGAGCAUGGCGCUUACAACGCCAGGGUUGUGGGUUCGUUUCCCACGGGGGGGCGACUGUAAGUCGCUCUGGAUAAGAGUGUCUGCUAAAUGACUAAAAUGUAAAUGUAAAUGUUGGCACCCUGUAAUUGCUAUUGUAUUUAAGGAAUACUUCAUUGUAUUUACCCUACACAUUACGAUUGUUGGUGUUAGGCUGGCAAUUGAAUCAGUCGGAAGCUGGGAGCAGAGGUCUCUUCUCCAUGCUUCAGAGAAGAUUCAGUAGCCUCAGAAGAGACCAGGACUCUGUCAAACUGAUAUACAGCAAAGCUAUGGGCCAAGAUACCUCCCACCUAGAAGAUAACUUCAUAGAUGACCUCCUGGAAGAGGACCUAGAUGACAUCUAUGACAGCAUCCACUACAGCUCUGAUGACGAGGAAUCUAUCACAGAC